GCAGUGUGGGUUGACUGAACACAUUGGUCGGCUGUUUGAGUGUAUGGGACUUGUAAAUGUUUUACUGAAUAUCACAUCAUAGUGACAGUACGAAAGGCAGACAUUUUAUAUACUGUACACCAUUAUCUACAGAAACUACCAUACUCUAAGCCAACAUGGUUGAGCUAGCGUCUAUUCUGGGUCUUGGUUUGGUUGCUGCAUUGACGUAUGCAGUCUGUGUCUUGGUGCGUCAUGUUCAAUCGCAGCGCAGAAUUCGAGGAAUUUUAAUAAAACACUGGCCGGGACUUCCAGACCACUGGCUUUACGGAAAUCUUCACCAGCACCCGUUGGGAGACUCAAAGGUUCGAGCAGACGGUUCAGAGGAAGGGUUGAGAUUUUCGAGGGAAAUGGCUGUUAAAUUCCCGCGUGGUUUCCGCUGGUUUCAUGGACCUCUGACUAUGACUGUGAUGGCCAACCAUCCUGAUAUAAUGCGGGCAGUUAUGAAGGGAAGAGAUCCUAAGCCUACUAAGGCACUCGGGUCUGGCUACCGUUUUCUUCUGCCUUGGCUGGGGUAUGGUCUGCUUCUUGCUAGUGGAGAUACCUGGUUUCGCAAUCGCCGCCUCAUUACCCACGCAUUCCACUUUGAUAUCCUCAAGACCUACAUGACAAUCUACAACAAAGCUACCGACAUCUUGCUGAACAAGAUGAGUGGAUGUGCAGCAAGUGGUGAAAGUUUUGUGGUGACAAAGAACGUCAGUCUGUGUACGUUGGAUAUCUUGCUCAAGUGCGCUUUUUCUUAUGAAUCCGGCUGCCAAAUAAGCGGAGACAGUCACCCGUAUGUUACUGCGGUGAAUGCAAUUGCUCUUGCCAGCAGAGAUCGAGUAUUCAAUCCUCUUCUUCAUCCAGAUUUCAUAUUUCAUAGGACUGCAGCUGGGAAAACAUUUCUCAAAAAUGUAGACUUUGUGCACGAGAUCGCCGAUAAGGUGAUCAAAGAACGGCGAGACAAACUGAGAGAGAAAGAGACGGAUUCUGAGCCCGUGAAAUCUAAAGACCAGCCCCUGGAUUUCUUGGGCAUCUUGCUGGCUGCUCGAGACGAAGACGGCAAGGGACUGACGGAUCUAGAGAUCCGUAACGAGGUGGACACUUUUCUCUUCGAGGGUCACGACACCACGGCCAGCAGCCUGACCUGGAUGCUGUAUGCCAUGGCAACCAACCCUGAACAUCAGAGGAAAGUCCAGGGGGAAAUUGAUGAAGUGAUGGAAGGCAGGGAAUCAGAGGAAAUUCAAUGGGAGGACCUUGGCAAGUUCAACUACUUGAUUCUGUGUCUCAAGGAGGCCAUGCGACUCUACCCUCCAGUACCAAUGAUCCAGCGUAUUGUUGCAGAGAAAGACAUCAUGGUCCACGACAGGCUGAUUCCUAAAGGCGCGUUGAUAAAUAUGAACAUCUACGCUCUCCACCACAAUCCAGAGAUUUGGCCGAAUUGCAUGGAGUUCAUACCAGAUCGUUUCGCACCGGAAAAUAUCAAGAAUAUGGAUCCCUUCGCUUACUUGCCAUUUUCGGCAGGUCCAAGGAACUGCAUUGGACAGAACUUUGCCCUGAAUGAGGAGAAGGUGAUACUAGCACGAGUUCUGAGAAGAUUUCACAUCGAGUUGGAUCCCGACCACAAAGUGACCGCCAGAUUGCAGUUGGUUUACAAGGCAACCAACGACAUCAAGCUUAAACUGAAACCUAGGUUUUAA